UCGCUGCAUAAACCUAUCCGUAACCGAUAGCAACUGGCAUGGCGAGAGGCAAAGGCCAUGGGAUUGGACAAUGGGGGUGUGGAAGGAAGGAUCGAUUCAUGGCGAUUUUUCCCUUCUCUUAAUGGAUCCGCAUCUCGUGGGCUCCUAUUUGAGCUCGACGGUUCUCCUUUUUUUCCUCAACCUAGUUCCCCAUGACCAACCCAUCGUCUUCCGGCGCCCCUUCUUCGAAACCCUAGCCACAAUUUUCGACGAUAGAAGGCGGAACGAGCUGGGGGAGAGGUUAUCGCGGCGGCAGCGAUGGAGUCUUACGAGGAUCGGUCGAGGUUGGAUCCUAAGGGGAGGAGACCCGCCGUUCGGUGGGUAAGGGAGUGGGUUCCGCAGGAUGUGGUUGCUACCGGCGGGAGGUGCUUCUUGCUCAAAUGGGUUACAGAGGACCAGUUGAAUGCUUUAAGGGAGAAGACAAAGGAGGUUGAGCUUGAAGAACAAAAGCCUAAACCAGCUACUGAGAUGUUUUUCCUCUGCACAUAUGAUGGCUGUGGAAAAACAUUCACAGAUGCUGGGGCUUUAAGGAAACAUACUCAUAUCCAUGGAGAGAGACAAUUUGUUUGCCCUGUUGAAGGCUGCGGGAAGAAAUUCUUGGACAGCUCCAAGUUGAAGAGGCAUAACCUUAUUCAUACUGGAGAGAAGAGUCAUUAUUGUCCAUAUGAAGGCUGUGGUAAGGCCUUUUCUUUGGACUUCAACUUGAGGGCGCAUAUGAAAACACAUUCAGCUGAAAACUAUCAUGUUUGUCCGUAUCCAGAAUGUGGUAAAAGAUACACUCAUGAAUGCAAACUGAAUACUCAUAUCAAGACUCAGCAUGAGAAGGAUGCAAUGGUGGACAUGAGAACACAAGAAAAACUCAACAGUGCCGCAAAGGUUCCUGUCUUGAGUUCCACACCAUCGGACCGACCUUAUGUUUGUCCAUUUGCAGGCUGUGAAAAAGCUUAUAUUCAUGAAUAUAAGCUGAAUCUCCAUUUGAGAAAAGAACAUCCUGGGCAUAAUCCAGAGGAAUGUUACAAGAUUGGUUCUACCAAUAUUGACCCGUGGUUUGAUGAUCUAAACGAGCAAGAUGCUUUGCUUAACAACAAGCACUCCAAAAGGGGCAAGACCGGUCUGUCCAGGAAACUUCCACCUGCUAAAGUUGCAAAACAUAGAGGCUCAAGUCCUGCUCUAGUUGUUUCUAAUGACGCACAGAAACGGCAGCCAAGCAAAGAGCUAGAUGAAGACAGUGAGGAAACAGAAGAAGAUCAAGAAGAAGAUGACAAUGGCUGGAGAUACCUCGAAGCAAACAGGGAUGAUGAAGAGACUGAGGACGAAGAUUGAAGAAUUCGGAAUAGAUGGCUUGAUACCAAAAUGAUGAAGAGAUUAUUAUAGAGGACCGAAGCUCUAUGGAGAAUUUCAUUUAUUUUUAAUAGAUUUCAUGCUUUUUACAAAAUGUGGCAAUGUGUUUAUUGAUGAACUGUCAUAUCCUAUUUUUUGU